AGGAGCUUUUUAAAUCUUAAUUUGGAGAAGAAAAUGCAACUCAAUUAUCUUCAUUUCUCCUUGUUUCUUUUCGUUUCGUUGGUUUCGUUUAAUUUCGUUGGUGCUGGUGCUUCCGGUGAUCGGAAAACACUGACAACCUCUAUGGAGGGCUCGAAUGCUCCGAGCGGUGCAACUGGUUCUGCGCAUGGCCCUAACUGGGACUACAGUUGGGGAUGGGGUUCAAGCCCCGGGAGUGGAUGGGGUUAUGGUUCAGGCUCCGGGAGGUCACCUGAUGGGUUCGGGAGGGGUUAUGGAUUCGGGUUUGGGUCCGGGAGUGGGUCUGGUUCAGGGUAUGGAUAUGGGUCAGGAAGUGGUGGUGCUCAUGGCGGUGGCUACGGUUCUGGAAGUGGACAAGGAAACUCUGGGGGCGGCGGCUACGGUGGAGGAAGUGGUGGUUCGAGUGAAAAUGGGAAUGGCAACCAUUGGCCGUCAGUUGACAGAAACCACCAUGGUUAAUUGAACCAAAGUUCUUAGGGUUCGCUUGUGAGGAGACUAUGCUUAGUAUGUAAUAUAAAAUAGAUGGUGUGUAAAAUUAUAUAUAUGGAGUGUACGGCAGUUUUACAAGUUAAAAAGCUUAUAUA